GACGGCCAGAAGAAACUGGUGGCGGAGCACUCCUCCGACGGCCGACAGGAUGUGGGAGACAGCGAGAUAGCGGUUGCGGAAUCUGCAUCGAACCCGACAACAAAGCGAGGGCGACUUUCUGGCGGUGCCGCUGCUACGGGUCCGGAACAUGUCACAUACCGGGUGCAGGGGGGACUGCGGCAUGUGGAGCCAUACGACUUUGACUUCACAACACAUGUCAAGCAGCGUUGGAUAGGCAGGACACUGCUCGAGGUGUGCGCUUGCGAGUUUGUGGCUUUUCCGCGAGACUACUACGAGGCUUCCAUCGAGGCUGGGCGAGUCACCGUCGACGGGAAGGCAGUGAAGUCCGGACAUGUCCUGCGCGAUGGCCAGCGCAUUGUGCACCGUGCUGUGCGCUGUCGAGAGAACCCAGUCCUGGAUCGUGGUCCGAUCAAGGUGGUGGAAGAGACGAAGGCGCUUCUCGUCGUGAGCAAGCCCAGCUCUCUCCCCAUCCACCCUUGUGGGAGCUACCGCUUUAACUCCCUCAUCGCCAUCUUGCGCAACCAGGGCACUGUGGAGGCAGAUGCAGCUUUGCACACGACCCACCGUCUGGAUCGUUUGACGAGUGGUCUCGUCUUGUUGGCUAAGACCAAGGAAGCAGCUCGAAGAGUUGGCACUUGGUUUGCUGCCAACCAGAUCCGGAAGACCUACCUCGCUCGUGUGCGCGGCUGCUUCGAGCAACUCCUGAAAGGUGACUUGCCUCUGGGAGCUACCCGCAAGGAUGAGCGCAUCCAUGUUGCGGGUUACAUCCGCUGCAUCGAUCGCAAGGUCGGCAAGUACCAGUUCUCCGCGGAAGCGCCUGUAGCAGGCGAAGACGCCAAGGAUGCCGCCACGGAGUUCGAGUUCGUAGGCAUGGCCUCGGAGGAUGAAUCCAUCGUCCGCUGCUAUCCAGCAACGGGAAGAACUCAUCAGAUCAGAGUUCAUUUGCUUCAUCUUGGAUUUCCCAUCGCGAAUGAUAGCUGCUAUGGCGGUGAGCUUCGAAACGACUGCACCUUGCCGUUGAUUCCGCACAUUCGACAAGAGGCACACGACAGCUCUCGCUCUGGUGAGGAGGCUACGAUGCAUCCAAGCCACUCGGAUGCCAAAGCCAGGAUGUCAG